AUGCCGGCUGAUUCCCUUUCACGAUCGUCUGGUAGAGAAAGCUCACCACUGACUGCGCGGAGCUGCAAAGAAUGUCGCCGUCGAAAGCUGAAGUGUGAUAGGAAGACUCCAUGCUCCAGCUGCGUAUCUCGAGGGCUAGAAGAUCUGUGCCCGGAUGGUAUAGUUAAUACUAAGACAGUACAACUUCGUGCCGAGGUUGAUAGACUCCAACAGCGAAUACUAGAUUUGGAAGACAAGCUUGCCGGUUGCUCAUCGAAAAUUGAAAUCGAUAGCAGCCCGACUACAGCGGAUCACCCUCCCUUUGUUGGUCCGACGACAAACGUGUUGCGUCGUGCAGGAGCGGCAUCUAUGCACAGGUCCACUACUCAUGAUGAGCAGUGGGUACCCGCACUCGGUACACUUAUGCUCGACAAUUCUGGCCGUGCUAGAUAUGUAGGAUCGACGGCAGCGAGUGAAUGGCUAAACCAGCUGGACUCCGAUGCGUCCCACAUGACGGAAACCAAUCGGUCGGACGAAACUGCCCAACAUGGUCUUCAAGACAUGGCCAACUUUCCGCUUCGCAACGUGUCUUCGUCAAACUUCUCCUUUCUAUUCUCCCUUCUUCCCGCUCGCGAACGUAUGAAUAUACUAUUUGACUCUUAUUGGUGCCUGUAUGCUUUCAACUACAAUGUUGUUUCCCGGAAUAGUUUGACUUGCUAUUUAGAACAUAUAUACGGCAUGGAUCCAUUGGAAUCGUGGAAUCAGGACACUCAUCCUCACAAACUUGCGCUCAUAUUCAUCGUGCUUGCUAUGGGGAGCCUUGUCAAUCCUGAUUCUGACCCCAGUACCAACGAAGAAUCAAAGACAUUGUGUGAGGCUGCCGAAGUCGCAUUGUCCAUCUCCAAUUUUAUGAAAGAUCACACAAUAGCUAGCGUUCAAACCCUACAUAUCAUGGCAAAUUUUCACGUAUAUGACGAUCGCCUGAGGGGUGGAGACAGGGCGUGGCCGCUCGGGGGAUUAGCAAUGAGGAUAACUCAGGCGAUGGGAUUGCAUCGCGAUGGAUUGAAAUGGGGACUACCAGCGGAUAUCGUGGAGGAGCGGCGGCGCGUCUUCUGGGAAAUCCAUACCGAAGAAACUUUCCAGGCUCACUGUUUCGGCAGACCUGGAGGCUUCUCAUCACGUCAUUUUGACGCUGAAUGUCCGAAAGAUGAUGACUGUUCUCUACCUUUCUCGACAAUACGUUACAAAUUAGUUGGGAUUUCGAGCCACGUGCUCGACCAGGUCAUGGUUGUAGAUCCACCACCUUAUUCGUCAAUUCUGGAGUUUCAUGAUCAAUUCGUGGCUCUGGAGCAAACUGUCCCUCAGCUCGUUCGAUGGACUCCAGCAUCUGCUCCCUCAGAUGCCGCUGAUCUGCCCUGGUCGGAGACCUCAAUACCUGCAAAAGAAGCUCUCUAUCUGGCCUUGAAGCGACAUACACUGUGUCUGAAUAUCAAUGAAAGCGUCCUGUUUUUACUGAGAACACAUUUUGCUCGUGCUCUGCGAGAAAGUCCCCAUGACCCGUCGAAAAGCCGAUAUCAUACUGCUUUCCAGUCUGUCUUCACUAGAUGCCAAACAAUCAUUGCAAUUGCUCGAAGCCUCUACGUUUUGCAUCCACGAAUAGCUCUGCGGCACUGGUUCUUUUGGUACCACGCUUGUUCAGCGGCGGUGUGCAUGGCCUCGAUACCUAUCAUAGCUCCGUUCUGUUCGUUCGCGUUGCAGGCGUGGCAUGAACUCCAAGCGGCUUGCCAGCUAUUUUCGGCUGCUGGCAAUCACUCCAAAUCAAGUAUAGCUAGCCUAGCGUUACUUUUGCGAUUACGGAAAUCUGCUUUUGAUAAAAUGUCGGGAGGACCAACAUCGACAUACCAGCCGCUGACUGAGAACACCAAGGCAAACGAGGACGGCGAUCGGUCUGCUGGUGAUAUAGAUGCAGAUGAAUCGUCACAUUUGAUGGGUCUACACACUCGAUUAAUAGAGCGACGUCAUUUGGAUGCCAACCCUUUGAACAGGCACAAUGACGGGGCGAGAUCUCCAUUGGCUCGACCAGACUCCGAGCCCGUUUGGGCUCCCUCUUUCUCGGGAAACAACGCGUACGAAGUGGAACGGCCUGUCUUUUCUUUUGACAUCCAGCCUGAGUCUGCGAUAGGACCGGUCAAUACUUCCGACUUCGACCUAGAUCAAACAUCCAUUGACCUUCUUAGUUCCAUGCGUCCAGACCUCGGCCAGCUUGGCCCGGUUCCUUUGGAUUCAAAUCUGAACUGGAACGAUCUCGAGUUCUGGUUGGGAUCAGGUCUAGAUGGCAAUCUUGAACCCACUACGAUCUAG